AUGCCCCUCACUCGCCUACAAAGAUCACGAGAGGAAGCAGAGCUUUUGCCUGGUCUACCUGUAACAAAGCGUGUUAGAAGAGCUGCAACAGCCGGUUCCAGUGCUUCGUCGAAGGGAAAGGGAAAGGGCAAAAGCGCCCCCUUGCCCCACGUUGCUUUUGCAAGGGCGCUCCUGAAACGUGGACCUAAUUUCAAACCUCCUACGCCGCCUCAGCAAACCAAAGGAGAAAGAAAGAUAUGGGGAAGGCGUGCGGUAGCCAUUACCAAUAAAGAAGAUGUGCCUGACGGUUGGAGCGUCAAUGAGCCAGAUCUGGAAGAAACUGAUGUUGAUGGGCAAAUUGAGAGAUGCAAUGAACGCAUUGCCGAAGGAAUUCUGCCUGACUCUUUCAAAACCAGAUUGGAACGGUAUACAGCCAUCAGGCAGCGCAAGAUAGACAUGAUCAACUCCGAGCCUAAAGGCCUCAGUUGGGAAGUUGUUCAACGACUCGAUGAAUUGAAAAAGUUACACGAGCUCCUCGAAGAAGAAGACAAAGAGGAAAACAUUUCCAACGUCAAAGCUAUCAUGGAAGCUUACCGUUCCAAGAGACUAAGCUUUACUGCUGGUUUGGUGACUUUUUGGUCUCAUGGUAAACUGGUUUCCGGUCCGAAAAAGCUCAAUAUGGAGGAGUUUUAUGCUCUUCACGCAAAGCAUGGGGCGAAGGGAUUCUGGGUAGAAGGAUUCCAAGGUCCCAAACCAAUCCAGUUGAAUUAUUUCUUCUCCCUGAACGCGUUCAUUCCAGGCUGGGCACAGCAUCAUAUCACAAUUUCAAUUCGCAACCCAACGACCAAAGCAACAAAUACAGAUAUGGAAACACUUCAUUUGGAAUUCCUCGAGGACACUGGUGCUACAACGAUGGCUCUUUUUGAAAAUGAUGUCUUUGAUCUUGAGCUGAUGUCUGGCGCGCCUUUACCCGGCGCUGGCUCAACGCUUGCACAAACUGCCAACGGCCAGAAAAGGAUUGAGUUGAAGGUCGUGGAAGCCAAUAUCUUCAUGGGCAACCAGCCCUUGCUUCCUAACUGGGUUGAAGUUGCAGCUGCCGUGUCUCCCAUGCCGACAGGAUUUGCCCCUGCCCGGCUGAGUGGUGUAUGGAUACAUCAUAUGUUGUUCGUCGUGUCAAUGCCUGAUAAUACCCAAAGGAAGCAUAUCGGUAAUGACAUGUGGGAGAUGUUCGGAAACCUUAUUAUCCCAGACUCAUCGCUUGCCAUUCCACCAGAGAUACCGAGUCCAGUAUCUCCUUGA